CCAUGGCGGAGUCGCAGCAGCUGCGGGUGCAGGAAGCGGUGGACACCAUGGUGAAAGGGCUGGAGCGGGAGAAUAUCCGCAAGAUGCAGUUUACACACAGGGAAACUGAGGCGCCCUGAGGUGGAGGGAAGGGAGCCCUCCCAAGGUCACUGAAGGGCGGAGAACCUCUGAUCAGUGCCAUGUGGACGCUGCCUUGGAGGCCGCGAGGAAGGAGCGCUGGCCGCCAGGUCGAGACCCGCCCGGGGCGACAGCAGCAGCAGUGACCUUGGGGUACCAUGUUCCGGUGCAGCGCCGGCUGCUGUGAAGAUACCCAGGCCUCCAUGCAGCAGGUUCAUCAGUGCAUUGAACGCUGCCAUGCUCCCUUGGCCCAGGCACAGGCCCUUGUGACCAGUGAACUGGAGAAAUUCCAGGACCGCCUGGCUCGAUGCACCAUGCACUGCAAUGACAAAGCCAAAGACUUGAUGGAUGCUGGGAGCAAGGAGCAGCAGGUGAAAAGGCAGCUAGAGUCCUGUGUGACCAAAUGUGUUGAUGACCACAUGCACCUCAUCCCCACCAUGACCAAGAAGAUGAAGGAUUCCCUGGCAUCUAUUGCAAAAUAGAGUCAUUGUCAGUAGUCAUCUGGGGUGGGAGAAUGGGUCUAUGUGUAAAAAUGUAUGGAAAUUUUUACCUUUCAGUGAAAAUUUAAGAAUGAAGAAAUUGAGGUUGGUAGCAAGUUUAAGAAUACUUUAUGGGAAUUUUGCAUCUGCCUCUGGACUCUGUUGGUUCCAUUAUAUGUUUUAGCCCAUAGGUGAAGAAAUGGAAGAAACUGGUACUCAUCUAGUUUGGAGGUAGCAUGGAGGGCUAAUAAUACCCAGCCUAUCCCUUUGGUGAAGAUGACUCCUGUUCUGUCUGUUGGAGCCCUUAAUGGCUUUCAGCUAGUUCAGAGAUAUUCCAUUCCUAGAAGCUGAAAUGACUGUUUGGGUUCAUAGGUAUUAGCAGUUCUCCCCCAGCUCACCUCCUAUCUGGUAUGAAUCCCUGAAGUAGCUGUCCACAUUUGUUUAGUGCCAACUUCACAUCCACUUAAUUAAACCAUUUCUCAUAGAACAGAAAGCAGCAGCCAUGAGUUUGCUGCUGAUUGGAAAAGAGAAACACAGUCGUAUUUUCUCCCCAGUACAAGAACUGGCAUUCAGAGGGGAGUCUGGGGAAAGGGAGUUGCUUGGAUUAGACCACUGAGCUCUAAUCAGGUGAUCCUUCCUUUGAUGAAGACAGUGCUCACGCCAGCUUUCAGCUGGGACACCAAGCAAGAUCAUCAAAGGGAAAGCUCCCACCAGGCACGUGACGCUCAGGUUCCUUCACGUUGGCUUCUCUAGGAGUGCUGCUCGUGUUACUUUUUCUUGCCCUUCAGGAAGUUACUACAAGGGCAACACUUCAGUUAAAGUGUUUUUUGAGAUUAACAUGAAACGGUUUUGACUAAAGCCAAAGAAAGCCUCUUUUUGCUUGCAGAACAAUCUGAAGCCUCUUGUUUAAUGCAAUGGUAGAUGAUUGGUUUGGGGGAAAGUUAGUUUUCCUCAAAGCUAAAAAAGAUAUUAUGCCUGACCCUGGUCCUGCUCAUUUGCCCUUUUCAACAGAAACAACUUGUUGAGAGGACCCUUUUAGGACAGGAAUGGGUAGGAAGACAGCUUAAACUUCUAAGCAGGUUGCAAGGGAGAGCUUUUUUCUACCCUGGAGUACAGGAGGCAGCUAGCAUCAAUUUUCCAGUUAUCACUGUUGGUUAAAACUUUGAGCAACAUGUUAGUACCAGGCAUUGUGUUGGAAAAGAUCUUGUUCUCUUUAUACCAACUUCUUGUUGAAUGCAAUUAACAUAGCCUUCCUGCUCAGUGUUUCAAGGCUAUGUCAUAUUUUCCUAGUGGUUUGAUUAAAAAAUAAAUAGUUUGAUUUUUUUUUUACUUCC